ACUUCCAUUCAAAAAAUUCAUCUUUUUCUCUCAAUGGCCAACUUCCAGAGCCGCCCAACUCCGGCGAUCACAACGGUACGACGUCGUUUCCAUAUCUCAAUCCCAUCCUUCUCCCCCAUUACAAUCUUUAACAACACCCUUUUCAAAUCAUAAAAAACCCACCUCAGAUCUCAAAUAUCUCAUCAUAUUAAUGGCAAAUGCACAAUCUUUUUCAUUAAUUUCAUUCCAUUUCCUCAUACCCAUGAUCAGUAUCUUCAGUUUAUCCGUAUCCAGUCGCCAUUCGAUACCGAAUUGCCCGAAAACCAACACAUCUGUGAUCAAUUUCACAAGUGAAUUCGUUAUGUGUCAGCAUCAGGUUAGAGGAUCAUUUAGUGUAAUAAAUGACUGUGCUUUUAAGGUUAAAGAUUUUGAUAUGAUCAAUGGGGGUUCUGAUGUGUAUUGGUGGGGUGCUGUUGGUGAUUCUUAUAAGAAUUUAACAAAUGGGUAUGUCAUAUCUGAUGAGAAACUGAAUGCUACUAGUUAUAAAAACGAGAGCUUUAUCGUUAAGUUAUCGAAGAAUGUUACAUGGGAUGAUGUUAAGGUUGUUGCUGUUUGGAAAAAGUCAUUGGAAUCUGAUUUUGGGCAUGUUGUGUUGGAGGAGAAGACGGAUUCUCCAACGUCUCCAGCGCCUUCCCCUGCGCCGUCGGAUGUUAAGUUUAACGGUAGUUCGGUUGUUAAGGUUGUCGGGGAGCCUACGAUGUUCGAUAACUGUAAGGUUUUGUCGGAUAAAUAUAGGUUGAGAUGGACAGUGAGGUUGGAGAAUAAUGUUAUUGAUAUUGGGCUCGAGGGGGCGAUUGAUAUUCGGGAUUAUAUGGCAUUUGGGUGGGCCGACCCGUUUAAGGAAAACGAUCAUAUGCUUGGUGCUGACGUGGCGGUGACGGGGUUUACCGAAAAGGGACACCCUUUUGUGGAUGAUUAUCAUAUUACUAAGUAUAGUGAGUGUAUGACUAACAAGAAUGGUAAGGCGGAGGGCGUGUGUCCCGACACUAUGUAUGUUGAGUCGGAUGAUCGUCGUGAGCGUGAUUUGGUUAACAACACGAUGUUGGUUUACGGGCAUAGGAAAGAUGGUGUUUCGUUUAUUCGGUAUCAAAGACCGUUGAAAUCUAUUGAUAAAAGGUAUGAUUGGAACAUUAAUGUUAAAAAGAACAUGACUUGUAUAUGGGCUUUAGGUUUUAUUAAACCGCCUGAUUCGAUUCGACCUAAUUACCUUCCGGAAAACCACGGCAAGACUUACGGUCAUGUUCACAUUAACGUUUCCGAGCGUGUGAACGAUUGUUUGGGCCCGCUUGAUAACAAAAAUAAGCAAGAUCAAGAACUUGUGAUUGCCGAUGAAAUGGAACCGCUUGUUGUUACUUCCGGGCCGGGCUUACAUUACCCGAACCCUCCAAACCCGUCAAAGGUUUUAUAUAUUAACAAAAAAGAAUCUCCUCUUUUACGGGUCGAAAGAGGGGUCCCGGUUAAGUUUUCGAUACAAGCGGGUCAUAAUGUGGCGUUUUAUAUCACGUCUGAUCCGCUUGGUGGGAAUGUGACAUCAAGAAACCGGUCUGAGACGAUUUAUGCAGGUGGGCCUAAGGCCCACGGGGUGAAGUCCAAGCCCAAGGUGUUAGAAUGGGCCCCCAACCGAAAUACUCCGGGUCAAGUCUACUAUCAGUCUUUUUUCACCCAAAAAAUGGGCUGGAAAGUUCAGGUAGUCGAUGGAGGUCUAACCGAUAUGUAUAACAACAGUGUUCUUUUAGACGAUCAACAAGUUUCGUUCUUUUGGACACUUUCGAAAAAGUCGAUAUCCAUUGCAGCCCGAGGUGAAAAGAAAAGUGGGUAUCUAGCAAUCGGGUUCGGGUCAAAAAUGGUGAACAGUUUCGCUUAUGUGGGUUGGGUUGACGCUAACGGCAAGGGCCAUGUUAAAACGUAUUGGAUCGAUGGAAUGAACGCGCAAAGUUUGCAUCCAACGAAAGAACACUUGACAUACGUAAGAUGCAAAUCCGAACGAGGGAUCAUCACGAUGGAAUUCACCCGUCCGUUGGAUCCAAACUGUGACGGAGAUAAAAAGAUCGAAUGUAAAAACAUCGUAGAGCCCACGUCGCCUUUUCCGAUUAUUUGGGCCAUGGGGGCUAAAUGGUCUUCAGACCAUUUGACCCAAAGCAAUAUGCAUUCAGUAACAAGUAAUAAACCGGUUAGAGUUUCGCUUAUCUACGGCUCAGCCGAGGUUGAGGAGGAUUUACGGCCCGUGUUGGCAGUACACGGGUUUAUGAUGUUCCUCGCGUGGGGUAUGUUUCUUCCGUGUGGGAUCUUGGCUGCACGUUACAUGAAACAUGUGGACGGUGAUGUUUGGUUCAAGAUUCAUGUUUACACUCAAUGGUCGGGUUUAACGAUUACUUUUCUAGGGAUUCUUUUCGCUGCUGCCGAGCUUCGGGGUUUACAUAUAAACUUAUUACAUGUAAAAAUUGGGAUCUUGACUGUAAUCUUGGGUUGCAUACAACCGAUUAACGCAUACAUAAGACCUAAAAAAGGCGACGUUGGUGAAGAACCAUCGCCCCAACGAAUAUUUUGGGAAUAUAUACACGCGUAUUGUGGAAGACUUGCGGUUUUUGUUGGCGUUUUUGCUAUUUUUAGUGGGAUGAAGCAUUUAGGGGAUAGAUACGAUGAUGAAAACGUUAGGGGGCUAAUGCGCGCGUUAGUAGUUUGGAUUUUGGCGGGUGUUUUGACCGUUUUAUAUUUGGAAUACAGACGGAAACGACAUUUAAGACAGCGAAUUUUCGGGUUAGGUAAUUGGGUUUUGGGUGAUGAUGUAGAUGAAGAAACUGAUCUUUUACGGCGAGACAGAAUACAUGGAGUAAAUGUGGAUAAACUCGCGCUUCCUUCAGAAAGAUCGGAAAUUCAGCUUGAACCUUUGAGCACAUAAAAGUUUAAAAAACCGGGCAUUUUUUUUCAGAAAAACAUCCGGGCGGUCUUUCAAGAAUAUUUAAAAAAACGGGCGUUUUUCAAGCGAUGAAGGCUUCUUGAUUCAACUCAUGAAGCAUAACUGACUUCUGGAGAGAUAAAAUGAUAUCUCAUGUGCUCUUUCUAGCUGUGUAGUGCACAUUUUUUCUAUUGCCGGUCAACUUAGUUCUCUAGGUAAUAGACUCUUUUCGUACGGAUGGUUUCUUCUAUGGAGCAGUAUUUAUUUCCGUCUAUCGGAUACUUGAUGUUUUAUCCUUGCUAGUUUUGAUGUAGUAGUCGUAUGUUGUUAAUAAAGAUUACCAUUACUUUGAAUGUUCGCGUUCAUGUUGCAUUUUGCUAUAAAAAUAAC